CUCCCUCCGCUCUCCCUUGCCUUGAAGUUCAAGUAUUAAAUUACACUUCUGAAUUUGCGUCCACUUUUUGUUUUCCUCCCCUUCACUCUGCAUUUUCCGUGCAUGUACGAUCAUUAAAGCAGAAUAUCCAGCCUGUUCUUUUUUCUCGUUUCGCGUGAUAUAAUGGCAGACAACAGACUUGUGGCGGUGGUGACCGGCGCCAAUAAGGGCAUUGGCAAAGCAACAGUCCGCCUCCUGCUUCUACAGACCGAACGGCCAAUGGUCAUCUAUCUGACGGCCCGGAACGUAGAGCGCGGCCAAGCCGCUUUCGAUGACAUAAAGCGCGAGCAGUCGCGGAUACAAGCCGCAUUCAGAAAACGAGCUGCGCUUCCACCAGCUCGAUGUCUCAGACCUCGACAGCAUACACACGUUUAUCGAUUACCUGUCAUUAAUACACGGCGCCCAGAGCGUCGACAUCCUGAUCAACAACGCCGGCGGAGUCGUGCGCGCCCACAACGGCAAGGGCGUGUCGCGCGUCUGCAACAUGGAGACCGCCCACAAGAUUGUCCACAUGAAUUACUUUACUGCUGUCAACACCACAUCGCUACUUGCUGCCACAUAUGCGCCCUGGCGGCCGCAUCAUCUUCAUGGUCUCGGCCCUUGGCCCACCUGGGCAUUUUCUCGGGCGAGCUGCCAAAGGUCCUGGUGUCGGACGAACUCAACCUGAACGGUCUCCACAUUAUAGAAAACGGUUUCAUCUCGUCGGUUGGCAAAGGCACGUAUGCCGAAUACGGAUUCCCGCCCAUGCCCUUUGCGGUCGCCAAGGCUGGCCUGAUCGCUUACUCGCGCAUGCUUGCCCGGAUCUUUGCUCCCGAUCCGCGCAAUCUGUUCUUUGCUGCUGUCUGUCCCGGCUACUGCCAAACUGAUAUGACUGGGCCCUACGCGCCCCUGCAGCCCAGCCAAGGCGCGGAGACCCCGGCCUAUCUGGCCACUGCAGACACUAAGCGCAUUCAAAGGCACAAUGGUUGCCUGUGGAAAAACAAGAAGCAGAUAAAGUGGUAAUUACAUGCGUCCCGUCCAUUCCUGUGCUAAUUAUUCUAGAUCUCUUAUCACUUUGGCUAUUUGAUUCAUAUACACAUAUCGUCGACUUUC